AUGGAGGCGAUGAUAUCAUAUCAGGCAGGCAGGCAGGCAAUGAUUGCUGGUAGACAUAUAUACAUCUGAUCUUCUUCUGUUCUGCUUAACAAUGGCGGCGGCGGCGGCGAAUACUUCUUCCAUCAUCAUCCAAAGACUCGAAGCUGAAACUUCAAUUCUUGGAUUAAGACUCUACCUAGUGAUUUCCAUAUGCGCUGCAUUUGCAACCAUAUCUGUCAUUCUCAUCUACUUAUGUAUCAGAUUCCGCAUUAAUCGAUAUCACCGAAUAAACAACAAGUCAGCAAGCUUGACAACCCAAAUCAAGACCAACAAGGAGGACCGGGCAAUCUCUUGUUGUGAUGUAUCGGAUAAUACAGUGGUGGUGGCAGCAGCAGCAGAAGAUGUAGUAGACAGCAGCAGCAGCAGGAUCGCGAUUGAGAGGACUAGUGUGAAGGUUGUUAGUUCGUCUAUAAGCGAAACUAGUCGUAAGAGCGAGGGUGGUUCUUCGUCUGUUGAGAGCGUUAACAACAACAACAACAUGGGUUGGGGUCGGUGGUUCAGUUUGAAGGACCUGGAGAGAGCCACUUGUUGCUUUGCAGAGAAGAAUAUCAUCGGAGAAGGCGGUUAUGGCAUUGUUUACAGAGGAAUUCUACUUGAUGGCUCUGCAGUUGCUGUUAAAUAUCUACUAAACAACAAGAAAAGCCAAGCAGAGAAAGAGUUGGAGGCAGAAAUAGAAGCAAUUGGUAAAGUUAGGCAUAAGAACUUGGUAGGUCUAUUAGGUUAUUGUCCACAAGGGCUUCUUGUUUAUGAAUAUGUGGACAAUGGAAACUUGGAGCAGUGGUUACAUGGUGAUGUAGGACCUGUUAGUCCCCUAACAUGGGAAAUCAGAAUGAAGAUUGCAGUUGGAACAGCAAAAGGGCUGGCUUAUUUGCACGAUGGAUUAGAACCUAAAGUGGUGCAUAGAGAUGUAAAAUCCAGCAACAUUCUUCUAGACAGAAAUUGGAAUCCUAAAGUAUCCGAUUUCGGUCUUGCCAAACUAUUAGGACCCGACAAAACCUAUGUUACAACCCGUGUCAUGGGAACCUUUGGGUAUGUUUCGCCAGAGUAUGCAAGUACAGGAAUGCUGAACGAGGGGAGCGAUGUAUACAGUUUUGGUGUUCUACUUAUGGAAAUUAUAACAGGGAGGAACCCUAUUGAUUAUUCCAAACCACCAGGGGAGAUGAACUUGGUGGACUGGUUCAAAGGAAUGGUGGGGAAUCGUCGAGGUGAACAAGUGAUAGAUCCAUUACUUGAAAUACAUCCAACACCAAGAGCUUUGAAACGGGUGCUUUUGGUUUGCCUACGAUGCAUAGAUUUGGAUGCCGCUAAACGACCCAAGAUGGGCCAAAUUCUGCACAUGCUAGAGGAGGCUGAUCAUGACUCUUAACUUUUCGAUCUGUUGAACCUCCUCUUCAUUAGCCAUUAUUCACAACUGACAUAUAUACAACAACAAAUUAAAUGAUGGCCAAAAUAUGAAGUAUACCAUUUGCUGUUUACAAUGUAGGUUCAUUUUGAUUAUGUGUAAGAAUAAGGCUUUUUUUAAUGGUUUGCCAUUUCCAUGUAAAUACUUUAUUAUAAAGACAUUUCUUUAUUUUUUUUAUAAUACAUUUCUCUGUACCUUUAUAUAUUGGGGCCAUCAACAUUUAUUCUGUUUGUAAAGAAUUAAGAAAAAACUUGCAUCUCCAAUAUUAAAAUUAAAGACUCAGAAAUCCCCACCUGCUAUGAAUAACUUUACAUGUCACAACAGCACAUGUAACAUUCUUUGUAGUGGGGGCAAGCAAGUCAACAACCUCUUUU